UUCUCUUCCUUGCAGGCCAUUAGCUGCCUGGCUGUGAUAACAGCUGCUGGAGGGGGGUGGGAGGCUUAUUCUGAACUUCUUAGGCACUCCGAUAUUAAUACCGAUGCCUACUCAGAUACACAGACACCCUGCACACAGCUCUGGAGUGAGAGAGGGAAGACCUCGAGAUGGGAGCACAAAAUUCUCAGCCUUUCAUCGUCCCGGAACAAGAGGAGAUCAUGGCAGAAACUGGCUUCUCCCAAGCUAAUGUCUUACGCCUUUACCAGCGCUUCCAGGCUUUGGACAAGGAUGGAAAGGGCUACCUCAGUAAAUAUGACCUUGAAAAUAUCGGGACUCUAGCUGUGAACCCCAUAGGGGAUCGGAUCAUCAAUGCCUUCUUCCAAGACGGUGCAGAGACCACUGACUUCCGAACGUUUGCCCGUGUCUUGGCCCACUUCCGGCCAGUGGAAGAACCUGGAGAACCCGGGAGUGUCAACAGUCGUCUUAACAAGCUAAAGUUUGCUUUUCAACUAUACGACCAAGACAAGGAUGGGAAGAUCUCGCGAGCUGAAAUGUUGCAGGUGCUGAGAAUGAUGAUUGGGAUCCAGGUGACAGAUGAACAACUAGAAUGCAUUACAGACCGCACGAUCCAGGAGGCCGAUAAAGAUGGAGACGACGCCAUCUCCUUUGAAGAAUUUGCAAAGUCUGUGGAAAAGCUGAACAUUGAACAAAAAAUGAGCCUCCGGAUCCUGAAAUGAUCUGAUGGGCAACGGAGAAUUUCCUCCCCAAACCUGGAAGUGAAUCAGCGAGGUUCCUGAGCAUAGUCAGGAAAUUACAGCAACUGUAUAUGGAUUAUGGGAUCGCAUCUUAACUGACUUCCUCUGUGAUAAUGAGGAAUAUCCUAAAUUUACCAGAUUCACGGCUGGACAUAUAUCUACUACUACAUCUAAGAUGAUACCCAUCCAGGUCUUGUUAGCUCCAUUAUAGAACUUCAACCAGAAGCGGAACUGGAAUGGACAUUGGGCUCGAUACUUUGAAAUACACGGGCUCGAUACUUUGAAAUCCUUUCUCCACUGUCACAAGGAUAUUGUGCAGGUACAGCUGUACCAGGAACUCCAAUUUUGUUUGCUUUGCAUUGAAUGUUUGUUAUAGUCCUAAGUUUCAGGGACUCUGCAGAUAGGUGGCUUCUUUUGGCUGCAAUCAUAGGGCAAGCCACCUGUCAAUUAUAGUUAGGUUACCUGGUCCCGCCCCCUUUUUGGGUUUUAGAGGGAAUAGGAGCCAUCUUGAGUUCAGUCCACACAGGGAAGCCUUUCACACAGGACAUAAUACCAAGAGCUCCUGUAGAAAGCUUCGUCUUCUAUGGCUUGGCCGGGGAGAUAUACAGCCCACAGCUUGGCUGGGGUUAUACAGCCCUACAGCUUCUUUGCUGAGGGACUUCAGCCAGCCAUCACCAAAACCUGAACUCCUUUUCCCCUGGAAGUCUACAAAGCUCUGCUUGGUAAGGGUCACACGCGGAAGCCAGAAGCAGUUGGUACCGGGUGCAGGGGCUCCAUGUCAACAGAGGCAAAGACAGACUGCCCAGAUUAGAAGUUAAGGAUUUCCCCAUUAGUUACAGUUAUGAAGAUAGUGCCUGUUCCCCGUGGACAAGAUUGAGAGAGAGCCAAUAGACUGUUAAGAAAGCUUUAAAGUACCUGUUUGUUUUCAUUAAUAAAGAACUUUGUUGAACUUUUAA